AUGGGAAACUCAGCCGAGCUUCAGUCAGCUCUCGUGUCUAGGAGCCCUAGUCACUUCGUGGCUUUCAAGAGCUUAUUGGGAAACACUCGCGCUAAGACCACAAAGCUCGGAGAUGGACUUACGCGAGUGGCUAGCGAUUUCGCAGACUUGUCAGAACCAGAACCGGAUCUAGAAUUCGACUCUGACAGCGGACUCAGCUUUGCUAGCAGUAUACCAUGCACACCACUCCAAGACAGUGCCAUAUCUUGGAGCCAGAAGCACCGCAAGCCCUACGUCUCAGCCGUCAAGCCUAUUUACCGCUGGCGUCUCGGUUCGGAAGAGCCCAAGACCAUCAGGCAGAAGAAUAUGGAAUUUUUCGAGGCAGAAACGAGCCGCGAUCGCAUGGGACAGGACUUGCUGGACGAGCUGGUCGUAAGAGACAGCGAGAUCCAGCAGCAAAAUCCCGACAUGUGCGACAGAGGCAUCCACGUCUUCCUUGAUCAAUCCAAUAUCCAGAUCGGCUUCGUGCAGACAUGGCUAGCGGCGCAUGGCCUUCCCAAGAAUGCACACGUCAGCCCCAUGCCCCAGAUGAGUGUCAGGGCCCUAAACGAUAUUGUUGGCCGUGGUCGCGUCCACAAGACACUCUCAUCCUGCUGCUCUACCCAGAACAACGGUCGACAGCCCGAAUGGGGGUUUGAUCUCCUUGCUCACAAGUGGACCGUCGAGGUCCGCGAGCGUAAGGCACUGGGCGACGGUACCCACAAGGAGGACCGUGUCGAUGAGACUCUUCAAGAGCAGAUGCGGGAGACAUUGGCCAAACAAACUGCAGCACCAACAACCUUUAUUGUCAUAACAGGUGACGGCAAACCAGCAGAGCACUCGCCUGGAUUCGUGGUUUGCGUCAAGGACAUUCUUGCGGCAGGUCACUACGUGGAGGUUGUUAACUGGAACCUCAGCUGCUCCCAGGCCUGGAAAGAUCUGGCAGCUGAUGAGGAGUAUGGCGAACACUUCCGCCACUACUACCUGAACACCUUUUUGCAGGCUUUGUGCUGUUGA